CUGUGUGGGUGGCAGGAGCGCAACGCGCCCUGGCCAGGCCUGCCCUCGCUCGCGCACCCAAAAAUGGCUCGGAGACAGGACGAGCAGCGAGGGGGCGCGCCCUUGAUGGCGGAGGGCAAGUCCGACGCGGAGGUUAAGCUCAUUCUGUACCACUGGACGCACUCCUUCAGCUCUCAGAAGGUGCGCUUGGUAAUUGCUGAAAAGGCUUUGAAGUGCGAGGAACAUGAUGUAAGUCUGCCCCUGAGUGAGCACAAUGAGCCUUGGUUUAUGCGUUUGAACUCAACUGGAGAAGUGCCUGUCCUUAUCCACGGGGAAAACAUAAUUUGUGAGGCCACUCAGAUCAUUGAUUAUCUUGAACAGACAUUCCUGGAUGAAAGAACACCCAGGUUAAUGCCUGACAAGGGAAGCAUGUAUUACCCACGAGUGCAGCACUACCGAGAGCUGCUUGACUCCUUGCCCAUGGAUGCCUACACGCAUGGCUGCAUCUUACAUCCUGAGCUGACAGUGGACUCCAUGAUCCCUGCCUACGCAACCACAAGGAUUCGCAGCCAAAUCGGUAACACAGAGUCUGAACUGAAGAAACUUGCUGAAGAAAACCCAGAUUUACAAGAAGCAUACAUUGCAAAACAGAAGCGACUUAAGUCAAAGCUGCUUGAUCAUGACAAUGUCAAAUAUUUGAAGAAAAUUCUGGAUGAGCUGGAAAAGGUCUUGGAUCAGGUUGAAACUGAGUUACAAAGAAGGAAUGAAGAAACCCCAGAAGAGGGUCGCCAGCCUUGGCUCUGCGGAGAAUCCUUCACCCUGGCAGACGUCUCGCUUGCUGUCACAUUGCAUCGGCUGAAGUUCCUAGGGUUUGCGAGGAGAAACUGGGGAAAUGGAAAGCGACCAAACUUGGAAACCUAUUAUGAGCGUGUCUUGAAGAGAAAAACAUUUAACAAGGUUUUAGGACAUGUCAACAAUAUACUAAUCUCUGCGGUGUUGCCAACAGCAUUCCGUGUGGCCAAGAAAAGGGCCCCAAAAGUUCUUGGCACCACCCUUGUGGUUGGUUUGCUUGCAGGAAUGGGAUAUUUUGCUCUUGUGCUUUUCAGAAAGAGACUUGGCAGCAUGCUAUUAGCACUUAGACCCAGACCAAAUUACUUCUAGGCUCAUUGGGACCUGGUGGUGGCAGCACAUCAGCCAUUCAGAUAGACCCGUGUCCACUUUUCCAGACCUAGUGAAGAAUUAUCCUGGGCAACUAGUGAAAUGCAUACUUUACUGUUUGGGUAGUUUAUAUGGGGAGAGGACACUGGAAGGUUCUUGAAGGCUGAUAACUGAGAUUACUUAUUUGCAAACCUGAACUAAUCCAUCCUUAAAACAUGUGCAACCUCAAGAUGUAAACCUUUAUCUCAAAAUGCCAGUUCAAGUUCUGAACUGUUUGAGGGGUGGGCAGACAAUAACAAUAAGCUAUGAAUGGCUGUAGGUCUUCACCUGAGACUAUCUGGAUGUGCUGAGUGUUGAGUAGGUAGUGAUAUUUCCUCCUGGAAUUCAGAAGUCAUCUUUGUCACACACACACAGGUUCAGACUGCAACAGGCUUUAUCUUACCAUUGCUUGCUUUGGGGAGAAAUAACAGAGACAAAAGGCGGAGGGAGGCGGAAAUGGGAGAAAGAAGUCUUUAUAAGGUAGAGCAGUAGUAUGUAACUUCCAGGUGCCUCUGCUCUCACUCGUAGGUGCCCAUCUCUAUGGUAAACAUCAUAUUUAACUUCUUGUGGCCACUGCCUGCACAUAUACGCCUGCAAGAGAGAUCUUGGAAGGAAAGGGCUAGGGAGUUACUGAGGGUAGUAGGCUUGAGGGAACCUGGGCUUUACAUAUGUAGCACCCCAUUUUAUCUUAUUAUUUUAAACACUAUGAAUCACACUGAUUGAUUUAAUAGGAUUAAGUGCUUAUACUUAUACUUUGGCAUGAAAUGCCUAGGAUCAUUUGUGCCUAGCAUAAAAAGUUUUAAGUGCUAUUAAGAUAGUUCCUGGGUUGGCCAGUGGCAUGGAGGUUAAGGCAGCAGGAUCCCACCUGGCCAGCUGAGUGGUUUCAGU